AUCAAACUAAUUAAUUUUAAUCUGACAGCAGAACUUUCAGGAUACACAUCAUCAACUUAAACAUGCCAGGGCUUGUGUGACAUCAUCACACAUCACAACAUCAUCAGACUAAACAGGCAUGCAGGGCAUGUUUAGUCUGAUGAUGUGUGAUGACAACAUCACACAUGAUGACAUCAUCACACAUCUUCAACUACAACAUGUUUAAUAUGAUGAUGCGUGAUGACGUCAUCACACAUGCCCGGAUACGUCUAAUGCUUGGUUCUCUGCCUGUUCUAUUCGUACCAACAAAAAAAUUUCAUCUACUCGUUUUAACGAUUUUCAUCGCUCUACAGAAUUACAUUAUUUAAAAUGUCCUUGCCCCGUUCCAUAGAUUCUGUGGUUGAGGAGACCUCCCUCCAACAGAAUUUCUCAAUGAUUGAAAAUAAAGUCCAGGAAAUCACCUUGCUGACCAGCGAGCUGAAAACCCUCACUGCUGAGCUGGAGGGAAAGAAGCAUCUUAAAGAAGUCUUCGCUGGAGUGAAACAGGCAAAGAAAAUAGCCUCCGAAUUCGCCAAGGAGCUGGAAAAAGAGUUGCAAGAUGUCAGCAAGAAACUCCAGGAGCAAAAUCGUCUGGAGGACUGUUGCAAGGAACAGCAGCAAAAACUCUACCUCCUGACUAAGGCUAACACCAACCUCAAAGCAACUCUUCUGGAACUCCAAACCAGAGUUCGGGAUCCUCAAGAGUUAUCCAGUGAGUUAGAGAAAGCAAAGCUCACUGCCAAAUCUCUGAUUCAGGACAACCAAGAUUUGCUGAAAGAGGUUCAGAGGGUCCGAACCUCCAUCAUGGCCCUUGAACCUCAGGAAAAGCAGCUUAAGAUGGAAAGAGAUCUGCUCCAAUCAGAGAAAGAGAAAAACUUUCAGCAAACUCAAGAUCUUAUCAAAGAAAUGGAAGAAUUUGAGGAAAAACUCAAACAUUUGGCUGAACUUGAAGACAAAGUUGCUGCAACAAAAGCUGAUCAUGAAACUGUCAUGGACCAAAAAGAUGCCCUGAUCUCCAAGCUAAAGAGCACAAGACGGAAACAUUACAUAGCAAGGGGAGAAUUCCGGGCACAGUUUAGAGUCACUCCAGAAGUCCUGGAAGAGAAAAACAAAAAAGAAACUGAACGGAUCCAGUCUCAGCGGGAUCACAAUGCCGUACUAAACCAAUUGUGUUCAGAACUAGAGAGGAAAGACGCUGAAGUGACUCGACAGAUUUCUUCUCUGCAAAAUGAUAAAAAUGAUUUGGAGAGAGAAGUCCGCCGCCUCAAGCAGCAGAUCAGGGAGCUUUCUCAGCAUCGCCAGGACUCCAGGCCGAUGGCUGAUUCUGUGGUUGAGGGGACCUCCCUCCAACAGAAUUUCUCAAUGAUUGAAAAUAAAGUCCAGGAGAUGACCUCGCCGACCAGCCAGCUGCAAACUCUCACAGCUGAGCCGGAAGGCAAAAGGCACCUUAAAGAAACCUACGCUGGACUUAAGCAGGGAAAGAAAUCAGCCUCCAAAAUCGCCAAGCAGCUGGAAAAAGACCUGCAACAUGUCAGCAAGAAACUCCAGGACCAAAAACCUCUGGAGGACUGUUGCAAGGAACAGCAGCAAAAAAUUCACGUCCUGACUGAGACUAACACCAACCUCAAAGCAACUCUUCAGGAACUCCAAACCAGAGUUCGGGAUCCUCAGGAGUUAUCCAGUGAGUUAGAGAAAGCCAAGCUCACUGCCAAAUCUCUGAGUCAGGAGAACCAAGAUUUACUGAAAGAGGUUCAGAGGGUCCAAACCUCCAUCAUGGCACUUGAACCUGAGGAAAAGCUGGUCGAGGUGGAGAGAGAUCGCCUCAAAACACUGCAAGAGAAAAACGCUGUUCUCCAGAGCCAGUUACAAGAUCUCCAGAGACAUUGUGAGAAGGAUGCAGCAACGAAACAACGCCAUGCCUCCAUUCUGGACCAAACCAAGUCUCUAGAGCACCAGAACUCAAUACUGGACUCUGAAAUCCUUCAGCUCACUCUGCAGUGUGAGGAGGCCAAACAUUGGGUUCAGCAGCUCCACCAGAUCACCACCAACCUCGAUGGACUGCAACAAACUAACGCUGACCUCACGGAGAAACGGGACCACCUUAAAAAGGAGCAAGAACAGCUCCUCAAACUACAACCAGAGUAUCUUCAGGCAAAAGAAAAUUCUCUCAAUUGGGAAGAGAAAAAUGAAAAACUUGCCAUAGAACUGAUGUUCCUCCAGGAAAGCUUCAAAAACGAGCAACAACUGCUCCUUAAAAUACAACAGGAAGAUGUUCAGGCAAAAGAAAAUUCUCUCAAUUUGGAAAAGAAAAAUGAAAAACUUGCCAAAGAACUGAAGGUCCGCCGGGAAAACUUUGAAAAGAAGCAAGAACAACGUUUACAACUGGGAGGCCAACGUGAUCAAAACCUUUUCAAAUAUCUGAAAUUGGAACAGGAAAAUCAAGCUCUUGUCAAAGAAAUAGAAGAGUUUGAGGGAAAACUCAAACAUUUGAAUGAACUCGAAGGCAAAGUUACUGCAACAAAAGCCGAGUUGAAAACUUUAAUGGAUCGAAGACAAUCCCUCAACUCCAUGCUAUUUAGCACAAGACUGGAGUAUUACUUAGUAAGGGGAGAACACCGGGCAAAGUUUAGAUGCACUGCAGAAAUCCUGGAACAGAAAACCAGAAAAGACGCUGAAACGAUCCAGCUUCUGCGGGAUCAAACCAGCGUACUAAACGAAUUGUACGUAGAGCUAUAUAGGAAAGACACUGAAGUGACUCGACAGAUUUCUUCUCUGCAAAAUGAUAAAAAGGCUUUGGAGAGUGAAGUCCAGAGACUCAAGCAGCAGAACGAGGAGCUUUCACAGCAGCCCCAGGACUCCAGGCCGAUGGCUGAGUACUUAGCAGCCAUAGACAAAGUCUCAAAGCAUGAACAAGAACCAGCGCAUACUGAGAGCCCCCCCCCUCUACAAGCUCCAUUCACAACUGCUACAGGACACACUCCUGCUCCAAAAGCAAGUCAGCCUGUGUUGGAGGAACCAUCUAAGAUCAGAGAAAAUACCAACAGGUUCCAGCAAUACAGAGGUGCACUUGGAAACCAUCUGGGUGCCAGACCAAAAACAAACAAAAAAAAAAACUAAUUUAGGCAGUCCUGAAUUUAAAAAUAAAAAUAAAAAAACAUAAAAAAACAUGUGUGUGUGUCUGUCAGUGU